UCAGCAUGACAGAGUGAUAUCCAUCAUUGUCCUCAUCAACACUCACACCUGUGUUAACGAGAGAAUCACUGACAUGUCAGAUGGUUGUUUUGUGGCAGGGCUGAAAUGCAAUGGAAAUGUUUUUUGGGGGAUUCAGUUCAUUUGCAUGGCAAAGAGGGACUUUGCCAUUAAUUACAAUUCAUCUGAUCACUCUUUAUAACAUUCUAGAGUAUAUGCUAAUUGCCAUCACACAAACUGAGGCAGCAGACUUUGUGAAAAUGUAUAUUUGUGUCAUUCUCAACUUUUGGCCACGACUGUAGUGCUAGGGCAAAAAAAAACUUGGGCUCCCGAGGACCGAGUUUGGGAUACCCUGCCUUAAAGUAACUGCCCAGUGGAAAUCUCACUUCUAAAAGUGCUUAUUCUGUUAACACCAUACUUGGGUACUCUGGGUACUUCUCUGUCCUCUGUCUGUGGUAUUGCAAUGUUUGCUUUGCUCCUUGCUUGAGUGGUAUCUGCUGCACAAGACUAGUACAAUAAUUGGCAUCAAGGUGAAUGAUAAUGUCUAAAUGGAGUGUAUUGGAAUGAAUUAUACUAUAUAAAAGUAUGUGGACACCCCUUCAAAUUAGUGGAUUUGGCUAUUUCAGCCACAAGUGUAUACAAUUCAAGCACACAUCCAUGAAAUCUCCAUAGACAAACAUUGGUAAUAGAAUGGCCUUACUGAAGAGCUCAGUGACUUUCAACGUGGCACCGUCAUAAGAUGCCACCUUUCCAACAAGUUAGUUUGUCAAAUGUCUACCCUGCUAGAGCUGCCCGGUCAACUGUAAGUGCAGUUACUUUGGAAACGUCUAGGAGCAACAACUGCUCAGCCGUGAAGUGGUAGGUCACACAAGCUCAAAGAACAGGACUGCCGAAGCGCGUCCUUGGUUGCAACACUCACUACCGAGUUCCAAACUGCCUCUGGAAGCAACUUAGGCACAAGAACUGUUCGUCGGGAGCUUCUUAAAAUGUGUUUCCAUGGUCAAGCAGCCGCACACAAGCCUAAGAUCGCAAUGCCAAGCGUCGGCUAGAGUGGUAUAGAGCUCGUCCCCAUUGGACUCUGGAGCAGUGGAAAUGCGUUCUCUGGAGUGAUGAAUCACGCUUCACCAUCUGGCAGUCCAAUGGACAAAUGUGUGUUUGGAGGAUGCCAGGAGAACGCUACCUGCCCCAAUGCAUAGUGCCAACUGAAGUUUUAGUGGAGGAGGAAUAAUGGUCUGGGGCUGUUUUUCAUGGUUCGAGCUAGGCCCCUUAGUUCCAGUGAAGGGAAAUCUUAACGCUACAGCAUACAAUGACAGUCUAGAAGAUUCUGUGCUUCCAACUUUGUGGCAACAGUUUGGGGAAGGCUUUUUCCAGUUUUCGCAUGACAAUGCCCCUGUGCACAAAGCGAGGUCCAUACAGAAAUGGUUUGUCGAGAUCAGUGUGGAAUAACUGGACUGGCCUGCAUAGAGGCCUGACCUCCACCCCAUCGAACACCUUUGGGAUGAAUUGGAGCAACGACUGCGAGCCAGGCCUAAUUGCCCAAUGUCAGUGCCCGACCUCACUAAUGCUUUUGUGGCUGAAUGGAAGCAAGUCCCCGCAGCAAUGUUCCAAAAUCUAGUGGAAAGCCUUCCCAGAAGAGUGGAGGCUGUUAUAGCAGCAAAAGGGGGGACCAACUCCAAAUUAAUGCCCAUGAUUUUGGAAUGAGAUGUUUGACGAGCAGGUGUCCAUAUCCUUUUAGUAAUAUAUUGUACUUUAGUGAGAAUUCAGCAACAUGUUCCUAUUUUUCCAUUUGGUUUGAUCGUUCCUUAUAAUUGUCAUUUCAGGCAUUUAUUUUCUAUGCAGUAGUUCUAUGUGUUAUUACUGCUUUGUCUUGACUGUUUUCUUAUGUGUUUUCCAGAUUGAGACAGGACCUUUUGACCGUGAACACUCCUCCCGGGACACCGCUGUGUGUGUACAGGCAGAUAUGGCCCUGCCUUUCAAUGGGGUUGUUACAAGUUCACCUAUAAAGAGAAAGAGAGAAAAAACAUUGGCUAACGAGUCAUGUCAAAGCCUGGGCCUGUCCCUCCUGUCAUCUCCAGAUUCAUUAUAUGAGUGUUACUCUGUGAACCCCGUGACGGGCUCCCCCAGCUCCUGCCGCCGGAGCCCCCGCCUCCUCAACAACGGCUACUACGUUCUGACUGAGGACAGCUACACCUGGGAUGACGAGGGCAAUGUCUCUCUCACCCCCUCCAAAAUCAAACUGUCCUACAAAGAGAAUCUAGUCAGAAUCUUCAGACGCAGGCGGAAGGCCCGCCGGUCUCUAGCUAGUCUGUUUAGUGACAUGACUGAGACGUGUCAGUCAUGGCUGGAUGAGAAAGUGUUCGGAGGGGUGCGUCACCCACCUCUUGCAGAGUCCUCCUGGAUGGAGCAUAGCACCACCGAUUUGGACACCAGCUGCAGCUUCACUUAUGAUGACAGUGAGAUCAUUUCCAUGCCCACGAAGUUGGCUCACGAGCCCAUGGUGCAGGAGGAGAUCAUCACGGAGACCUGCGUCCACCAGGAGCAUUUCGGCCAACCCCUGGGUGGCCUUCUGGAUGUCCCACCCCCCUCAGCCUUCCUCUCCAAUAGCUGCUGUCCCCCUAAACCCCAGCCAGCAGAUUUUCCCAUGGCGAAAGCUCUCUUCAUCAUUCUCAUGGUCUUUAUCUUCUCUGCCGUAUUUUCAAGGUGUCUGUUGUGGGGACUGACAAUGGCAUUCACCACAUGUAUAUUGAUAAUGAUAUAUCUAUUUGUCUCACAAUCUGGGCCCAUGGGCAAGUGGAGAAAAGCGAAGACCGAGGAUAUUACAUCAAAGAAUGAGUAGAUGAAAGCUGUGCGUACACACACAUACUCUGUUUACUCAUGAAAUGAAUCUAUGAUAAUGAAAAGGGUGGAUGUGGACCACAAGAAAAAGAGUCAUAUAGAUUCUUACAUUUCAUUAGAUAAAUGCGUGUAGAUUGCACUUGCACAUAAUGUAACACGAGUUCCAUUAAUCUGGUCAUAAAAGCAGGUUAUUGGGCUCAAUUGAGCAGGUAUAGGGUGACACUGGUCAUGCAAAAAUGAGCACAGAUCAGUGGAAUAAAUACAAUAAAACGCAUAAUCAAAAGCAAUUUCAUUUGAAACUCCAAAGACGUGCGUUAGGAGAAGAUGAUUUUAACUGUAUUUUUGUAAACUACGAUGCAUUGCGUAUUUGGAACUUGUAUUGGAUAAUGCUAGUUAUUUUGCUCACUGAUCACUGCCAUUUGCUUGUCCAAGAUGUUUCCCAUAAGCCUGAAUAUAAAAAUAAAUCGGUAAUAUUCAUAUCAUAUAUUAUGCACACGUUUUUAAUAUAUUCUUCAAAUACCUGAAUUGAUAUUGUUGAUAGUUGAUCUUGGGUUUUUUAGGGCUGUCCAGUGUUACUUAUUUUCUAGCUUCCAGUAUUUUGAAUACAAUUGCAGGGCCAUUAAAGUAGCAGUGGCUUGCAGUCUGAGACCUGUUUUUUUCCUCACAAAAAUGACAGCUGCAACUUUUAAUCUGAAUAGAAGCAAAUGGAAAUACAACAUGCUAAGUGCCUUCUUUAGCCUGGCUUAGCUAAUAGCAUGCUGUGCCUGCUAAACAAAACAGGCCUACAUGUCAGUAGGCAGUAGACUGCGGAAUCAGAUAACAGUUCAAAUACAGGGAAGUGACAGAAAAUGCUGGCGGAAAAGAAAAGUCAGCCCUGUGUGAGGAUGCCUAUCUGCUCAUGGUAGUGCUGAAACGCGUAUAGAAAUGUUUGUAUUCAAGGGAUAUGGGGAGGAGGUGGUCAUUUUCAUAAUACUCAUACCACUAGCUGCCUCUUGUGGUUAACCACAACCACUUAUCAGUGGAUCACAAUAAUGGAAUGUGAAUGUUGAGAUUGAGCAUAAUGACGGCGGCAAUGAAUAAAACAAUCGCCCUCCCCUCCCUUUAUUUGACUCAUUAAAUGGUACAAUGUUGAGUAUGUAAUGGCAUUGAAGGCUGAGUAAUUAUGGUUGUUUAUCAACCCAGAGGGAAGUAUGUUUUCUGUCAGGAAAAGGAACAGGGCACCGCAAGUAGCUGAAUAAAGUUCAUAUUGUAAUAGCUUUAUAAAGUUGAAAUAUGAGUCAUGUUUGGACCUCAAACUACAGCAGGAUUUUUUUGAAUCUAAAAAGAGGUGAUUUGUACUUUAAUAAUGAGUUCAUUUUGUAUUGUACAUCUCAACUCGCCAUUCUUUGUAAUACAUUGGAUGUUGUUGGUCCUUUAGAAAAGCUGUAUUUAAUCGUCUCCAUAUAUGUACUAUUUGUCCAGACGAAAGUGACUUGAGAAGUAUUGCUGUAUGUAUUCACUCCAAGUGCCAAAUCUGAACGAUUACUCCAAAUGAGACAAUUCUGACCAGAAAGUGUUAAAUCACCAAUACUUCAUCAAUAAGCCAAAAUUAAUAUAUUAAAAAAAGUUGCCGGUAGACACCAUUUUAUUGCUAGUUUGUUGUAAACAAAAGCUAAUGUACAUACUACAGUAUAUGAAGACAACAUGGCUGUUAUUUCUUUGUAAUAUUCAUGAUUUAUUGGCAUAUACUGAAUGUACUUUACAAGACCUUGAGAUUUAAGUAAUUUCCUAUUGUGUACAUUUGGUCACUUACAGUACCUUUACAUAAACCAGUUUUGAAAUGUUACUUUUUUUAAAUAAUCAUAAUUUCUAUUGCUUUGAUACUCAACUAGUUUCCACAUUUGCAAAGUGUAUGGUUCUUGUAUGCAUGUUUUAUCUUUUGCACUCAUUUGGAUGUAUCUGAAAAUGUAAUCAGUUGUACUGUUUUUAUAUUCUUUAAUAGUUAAUGAGCUAUAUUGCACUGAAAUGUUAAUCUUUUCUAACAGAUUUGUAAAAUAGUUCAACUCAAUUGGCUUAUACAACUUUAUUAAAUGUCAUUUUUUAUAGUU